AGAGAAAGAGAGAAGGCGACCCAUUCUCUUCUUCUGUCUUUGUUUCUUAUUUGAUUGAGAAAUAAUACUCAGUUUCCAUUAAAGGAGUUUCCUAUAUCCAACAACAAAGAUCAAACCCUUACAAGAUUUGCACAUAGAAAAAAAAAUUCUUGAAUUCUAUUCAAGGCUGAAGUCUACUCAUCCUUGUAUCUUUUACUGCUUCAAGACAAGAAAUGGUCUGGUCUCAACUCUCAAACAAGCUCAUCUAUUGAUAUAUAGAUGAGAUAAAACCAUAUGAACGGACUCAAAUAAUUCUUUUAAUACAUAGGCAAAAGUUACAAGCUUAGUAUACCUUCCUUGAGAACUUAAUUCCUCAAAAGGAAAAUUCGAUGUCCCAAAGUUUUCAACAAGGAUUUUACAAUUUCUCUAGUGUAUAUGAGAGAUCUGCGACGAAGCAUGAGGACAUGUUAAGAAUACAAGGCUUUGAGCCACUUCCGCCACCGCCACAGCAAGUAGAAGAGCCGUCAGGUGCGGUUUAUGACGGCGGAGGUAUGUUGACGGAGAUUAUCAGUUACCCGUCUGCGUGGCGGAAAGCCGCCACGGACAUUUUGGAUGAUCAGAUCCAAUCAAGUAAUUAUCGGCAAUGGCCACAAAAGGAGCAGCAGCAGCUGCUUCCACCAUCAAUAAACGAAGUUGAGCUACCACUCAUGAAUUCUCAUAUUAAAGCGUCAUCUCCACCUCGCUCAUCGUCUUCACUUCACAUGUUACUUCCCAACUCAGCAGACACUAACAGUCUUCUUCAUCAUCAAGGAUUUCACUUGCUUAAUUCCACAGCUGUGGAACCUCCAUCUCAGUUCACAUGGGUUCCAGGAAGUAGUAGUGGAGAAGACAAUUCUACAAGAAUUGGGAGGGUAGUAGAUGGUCAAGGUCUAUCUUUGUCACUUUCUAGGAAUUUUGAAGCAGCUGCAAAACUGGAGGAUUUAAGGAUUGGAAAUGGAGGAAUUUACUUGAACAAUAAUCAAGGAUUAUUCGGAGCGAUUAAUAACAACAACAACCACCAUCAACUGUUACAUUCAGGAGUAAUUAUGGAUCAUCGUACUGCUCCACACAGUAAUCAUCAAGUUCAUGUUGGAUAUGCAGCAGCAUCUCCUAGAAUGACAAAUGUUCUCAGAAAUUCCCGAUAUGUAAAAGCUGCUCAAGAAUUACUAGAAGAAUUUUGCUGUGUUGGGAGGGGAAAUUUCAAGAACCAAAGGGUCAAAAAAUAUGAAGAUGAAAACCCUAAUUCCAACACAGAGAGUGAAGAUCGUGGUUCCUUAAAAGAUCAUCCUCCAUUGUCGGCUGCUGAAAGAUCUGAAUAUCAAAGGAGAAAAAUCAAGCUGUUAUCUAUGCUAGAUGAGGUAGAUGCAAGAUACACGCGUUACUGUGAGCAAAUGCAGGCGAUGGUGAACUCAUUUGAUUCAAUGAUCGGAUAUGGGGCAGCAGCGCCGUACACGGCGUUAGCACAGAAGGCGAUGUCGCGGCAUUUUAGGUGUAUAAAAGAUGCCAUUGUAGCUCAGCUGAAGCAGACAUGUAAGUAUCUUGGGGAGAAAGAUGUGACGGGAAGUGGUGGUUUGACUAAAGGAGAGACGCCGAGGUUGAAAAUGCUUGACCAAAAGUUGAGGCAGCAAAAGGCACUUCACCAAAUGGGAAUGUUGGAUUCUGAUGCUUGGAGGCCGCAAAGAGGGUUGCCUGAACGAUCUGUUAAUGUUUUAAGGGCAUGGCUUUUUGAGCAUUUUCUUCAUCCGUAUCCAAGUGAAGCAGACAAGCAUUUGUUGUCUAGGCAGACUGGUUUAUCCAAAAAUCAGGUAUCAAAUUGGUUUAUAAAUGCUAGGGUUCGGUUGUGGAAACCUAUGGUGGAAGAGAUGUACCAACAAGAAACAAAAGAAGAGGAAACGGAUCAAGAUCAAGAAGAGGAGGAGCAAGAAAAUCAAGUGUCUGCACAAACUUUAAUGCACGACAAGAUUAGCAACAUGGCUACAUCGGCAACAACAACAACAAUGCCAUUAUCAGUAAGAUCCGAAUUUAAUGCUAAUGAAAGAGACCUUUCAAAGAACAUCAUAAAUUAUAGGCAGUACGCCUUGGGAAACCAACUAGUAAUGCUUCAAGAUGAUACCGCCACCGCAUCCUCCGCCACACACGACGUUUCAACCACCGUCAACCGCUACUUCACGGCGGCCGACGCGGCUGAUUUGGUUGCUAAUUCAAAUGCCACAUUUGGGUCUCAGCCGGCUGGGGAUGUGUCACUUACAUUGGGACUACGGCACUCGGAAAAUGUACCAAGGAAGACAACUCAGUUCCAAUUAAGAGACUUUGGAGCAUAUUAAACAACAAUUUUAAAGAUAUAGAAUUAAGAAAAGUAAUGUAUGCAAUUAUAUGUAUAAGGGUGGAUUACUUGGAUAUCAAUUGUAUAAAUGGGGAAUUGUAAUCGUAUAAUAUUUUGGUGAAUUUGAUACGUAGGUUAUUAUGUCAAAAAAGGACAUGCGGAUAAUUUAUGGAAAUGUAGUGAGUUGAGUGCUAUAGUUGGCUAGUUUGUUAUACACAAAUAUAUCUAUGUGCUUAUAUA